AUGGAUCGAGACGACCAAAUCGCGGCAAGUCCGGAGGCUUCGCUUGUAGCGAUAGCCCGCAAUAAACACGCCGGGCAUCAAGAACAGCAGUACUCGGCCUUGCAGACUGAUGACGCUAGGGACGAGCUUGCCGACAAUGCUGGGCAUUUAGAGGGUGACGACAGCCCGGCGUCGCCUCCCUCUUAUCACUUAUUAGACCCAGGCCAUGACACCACCAAGAAAGGCACCGGCGAGUCCAAGGUCGAGAGCGUGACGGGAGACGACACGAGCAGCUACGAACAGCACCACGGGGCCGAUGGCGGAACGCACCUGCCACCCAGGACGCUCACGCCCCUGACGAACGGCCAGAUCUCCCUCCUCGUCCUCGAGCUGCUCGCCGUCGUGGCGCUGACCAUCUCCGGCAUCAAGGGGCUGUUUAUGCUCCCGGACCUGAACCUCUUCUCCGUGCCGCCCAUGACCCAGGACUGCGGGGGGUACAGCGUGCCGGCGGUGGAGCGGAGCUUCUACAUCAACCUGCAGAUCGCGAGGGACCUCUCCUUCACGCGGGCCAAGCUGCUGGACCUGGCGUGGGACACGAUCGUCGGGCAGGGCGGGCGGUUCCUGCACGGGUGGCUGCUGUACCAGGUCGCGGCAUCGCAGCUGGCGUGGAUGAUGGAGUAUUCGUCGGUGCCGUACUACUUCCAGCUCGACAUCCUAUUUUCGACGGCGUCCCUCCCAGCACUGUGGUCCACGCUGCGGUUCCUGGGCACGAGGCGGCCCGCACGCGCCGUCUUCUCGGCGGUGUGGUUCCUCCUCGCCAUCCUGUACGUGCUCGCCUUCUCGUCCGUAUGGGGCGCCGCGACGGGGUACCUGAACCCGAGCAAGCCUGCGUACCAGAUGGACGACCACUCGUACGUGACGGUCGACUCGGAUAGUCUCAAGCUGUGCAUGUCGGUGGACACGGAGAGGCUCAACGGGACCGUGCCGGCCAUCGUGCAAGGGCCGAAGCUGGGCGACUACUCCCAGACCAAAGGGACCAUCCAAAACUUCUAUUCCAGCGCGAACUCCACAGCGGUUGUGAACGAGACGACAGAUCUCAACCUCUGGGGGUAUCACUACGCGAAGUCUGAUCUUGGCGGCGCUUCGAUCUCUACCGGACGCUAUCAUGGGCAGUACGGCUAUACGGGCAGCUCGAUAUCGGGCGGCUCAAGAUCAGCAGUCCCGGGAUUAUACCGACAGUUCACGGGAUUCCAAUUCGCCGGCGCGGGCCAGAAGGUCACCAAUGAAGACGAGCCCUGGUUCAACACCACCUUCCAGCUGGACACGUCGGUCAACAUGAGCAGCUGGACCCAGCCGUACCGGCCACUCGACCCGGUGCCCUACAACUCCACGCUGUGGUGGAACGGCUCGGCGAUCCCUCUCGAGGCGCCGUUCAUGAACCUGCCCGCGCGCGAGGACGACUGCAACUGGUUCGGGGUCACCGGGAUGUGCCUCUGCUACCGGGACGCCCUGCUCACGUCCGACUUCCGCGGGGACGACAACCUGAUCUGCAUCAGCGAGGAGGGUUACGUGUGGGGGUUCUCGAGCGUGAUCACGCUCAUCGGCGUCAUCCUCGAGGUGUGCUGGAUCGUUGGGUGCUUCGGGAUGUGGCUGGACGUCCACAUCAACAGCAGCCUGUUCCGGAUGAACCGACGGGGCUCCGGGGUGGUGAGGAACAUCCUCGACCUCGGGGGCGCGAUCCGGAACGACCUUGGCCGCGACACGGGAGCCUAUAGGAAUGGGGCCCUGCUGAAAGAGCUGGAAAAGCUCCCACCGGUUGGGUAUGAGGUUGUCGACGAUGGCCGGCAAGGCCGGAUUUCCACAGUUUCAAUGCCGGGGGGCAAGGAGACGAGGGGGCGGUCCCAAAGCUGGCAAGCUGUAUGCGUGAUAUAG